AUGGCAUCAAGAGCAAUAGUUCAACAACAAGCCAGAGGCGAAGAUGUAAUUGGGGGAGGAAAGCAGCAGAAGAAGAACGGUGUAGCGGAUGGAAAGAAUCGCAAGGUGUUGGGUGAUAUUGGGAAUUUGGCCAAUGUAAGAGGAGUUGAAGUCAAGCCUCAUCGCCCCAUCACAAGGAGUUUUGGUGCCCAACUACUUGCCAAUGCACAAGCCGCAGCAGUUGUUGAGAAUAACAAGAAACAAGCUUGUGCUAAUGUCGCUGGUCCUGCUCCUGUUGCCGUGGCCAAGAGAGUCCCCAAGCCGGCUCAGAAGAGAGUUACUGUUAAACCAAAACCUGAGGAAGUCAUUGACAUUGAAGAUAGUCCAGUGAAGGAGGUCCAGCAAGACAAGAAAAAGGAAGGAAAUGCCAAGUCCAAGAAGAAAUCACAAGCUUAUACUUCAGUGCUGACCGCUAGAAGCAAGGCAGCAUGUGGCAUAACCAACAAACCAAAGGUGAAUAUUAUUGACAUUGAUGCCAGUGAUGUUGACAACGAACUUGCUGCUGUGGAGUAUAUUGAUGAAAUUUACAAGUUCUAUAAACUUGUUGAGCACGAAAGCCGCCCCCAUUACUACAUAGAUUCACAGCCUGAGAUAAAUGAGAAGAUGAGAGCUAUUCUGGUUGAUUGGCUGAUAGAUGUCCACAGCAAGUUUGAACUUUCACUUGAGACCCUUUACCUGACCAUCAAUAUAAUCGAUCGAUUCCUAUCUGUGAAGACUGUUCCAAGGCGGGAGCUGCAAUUGGUUGGCAUCAGUGCCAUGCUGAUGGCAUCGAAGUAUGAAGAAAUCUGGCCACCUGAGGUUGAUGACUUUGUCCGCCUCUCAGAUAGGGCUUACACUCAUGAACAGAUACUUGUUAUGGAGAAAAUCAUACUGGGAAAGUUGGAAUGGACGUUGACUGUUCCCACACCUUAUGUCUUCCUUGUGCGUUUUAUCAAGGCAUCAGUCCCAGAUCAAGAGUUGGAAAUCAUGACUCAUUUUCUGUCUGAGUUGGGAUUGAUGCACUAUGACACCUUGAUGUAUAGCCCAUCAAUGGUUGCUGCCUCAGCAGUCUUUGCAGCUAGAUGCACUCUGAAUAAGACUCCCCUUUGGAAUGAGACACUUAAGCUGCACACGGGUUACUCACAAGAACAACUUAUGGAUUGUGCUAGACUAUUGGUGAGUUUCCACUCCACUGUUGGGAAUGGAAAGCUUAAGGUUGUGUUCAAAAAGUAUUCUGAUCCUCAGAAGGGAGCUGUUGCUGCGCUCCCACCAGCUAAAUAUCUUCUGCCAGAAGGUGUUGUAUCCCAACAGAGUUAG